AUGUCAUGCCCACCCUAUCGUCAGCCUCUUCGAUCUCGACUUCGUAAUCGUCUCAUCCCAAGACUUGACUUCUCACUUGUGGACGACUCACCAGAUUCACUUUCGUCACCGGCGACAACUACCGAUUCCACAGCAUCCUCGAUGUCCCCACGGUAUUCGAAGCAGACAACUCAAAGUAAAAAUAGCCGAAUGAUAUCUGGUAUGGCUAGUUCUGCCGAAGAAAGUUCGUAA